AAUGAAGUUAGUUUGUUCGCAGCUCGAGUCGUGUUCAUAUCAAGGAAAAUUGGAAAGUAUCUGAAAGAUACUCCUAUAGAAUUUACACUAUAGAAAAGUACCCCCAGAAGUGGUUUAAAUAACGAACUUAGGGGAGGAUUGCAUCCUUUGCAAAGUAACGUUCAUUCAGCUGUUGGGUGGUUGUGCUCAAUGUAUUGAUUUAAAUUUUGACUCAAUGAAGUGAGUGAUUCAAUAAGGGAUAGUUAGAUAGUGGUAGAUAGUGGAUCGGUAGUAUUGUUCUAGUACUGCAGGACUUUCGAGUGAGCGCUGCAGCUUUAGACUAGGAUUUGUGCAGCAGGAAGGGUCCUUUGGAGAGUCUUCCAUUCACACUAUCUUCGCCUAAAUUAUUUCGAAUCUAUCCCUGAAUUUGUGUAUCGUGUCGCCGUGCGCGAGUGAUUCAGUUGCAUUCCGUAAAUAGUUUAUCUGUCGAUGUGUUUGAGAUUUCUACUUAAAAUCGCUUAACACUAUACUCUGAGAAUCUAUAAUUAAUAUCGACCCAAAAGAUACUUUGUAAAAAAGAUACAAACGACGACAUCGAAACUAGAACCGUUUAAAAACUAAUAUUCGUUACAAAAUUGUAUCUAUCGCUACUGAUUACUGUAACUGUAGAAACUAUUCACACUCUCUAGUGGCCCGAAACAUAUAUAGAUAGUGCGCUCGGAUUGAAUUUAAAGAUUCAAGACUUUCAGAUAUUGUCUGUUGUCGCGGUUGGUGAUACAUUACUACGUUGUGUCUGGCUCCCCUAGACAACGUCUGGGGUUGCGAAGAGAGAUAUCGAACAAAUCACCACAGAAUAAUUUCGAAUAACAAUUACCUGCGGAAAAGAACGGGCGUCAAUUUAGAUAUUCUCCUCGAAUACCAAAUCUUAGUUAAGUGAAAAUCAGUAUACAAAAUGGCGAAUACCGAAAAAAGAGGACUUUAUAAAUUAGCAAAUUUCCUAACAUGUCGGCAAGUCCUGAAUCUCAUGGUUAUCACGGGCUUCAUGUUAAACUACGCCCUCCGUGUAAAUCUCACAAUAGCAAUUGUAGCAAUGGUUAAAACAAAUGUUACAAAAUUAGGAUUAACAAAUGGAAAUAGUACAAUACCACCACCAAAUACAUCAGACGAGGUAUCUGGGAGAUUUGUGUGGGAUGAGUAUCAACAGAACUUCAUUCUGGGCAGCUUCUUCUGGGGUUACAUUUUAACUGAACUGCCAGGAGGAAGGUUGGCUGAGUUAAUUGGAGGACGUCGUGUCUUUGGACAUUCUAUGCUUUGGGCUAGUAUUUUGACCCUGUUGACGCCAUUUGCUGCUAUGAUGAAUUAUGUUGCAUUGAUUAUGGUUCGAGUGCUUUUGGGAUUCAUGUUGGGAGCUUCAUGGCCUGCAAUUCACCCAAUGACAGCUGUCUGGAUUCCUCCAAUGGAAAGAUCGAAAUUUAUUGCAAACAUGAUGGCAUCAUCACUUGGAGCUGCAAUUACUAUGCCAGUUUGUGGUUUUCUAAUUUCUUCUCUUGGCUGGGCCAGUGUGUUCUAUGUCACAGGUGGUAUUGGUGUAGUUUGGUCACUGGCAUGGUUCACUUUCAUCUAUGAGUCGCCAGCCACCCAUCCAAGGAUUACAGCCGAAGAACGGCAUGAAAUUGAAGAGGCAAUUGGCACAUCGACAUCGAAGAAACGUCCAAGCUAUGUACCAUGGCGUCAACUUUUGACCGCUGGACCAGUUUGGGCUAUUGUUAUUACCCACGGAUGCUCAGUAUUUUGUUACUUUACUGUUGUGAAUCAGCUACCGACGUACAUGAAAUAUAUUCUACACUUUAAUAUUAAGAAGAAUGGACUGCUAUCAUCUCUACCAUACUUGGGAAAAUAUGUGAUGGCAGUUGCGGCCUCAUACUUAGCUGACUACCUGCGAGCAACUGGAAAGCUUACAACAACUGCCACAAGGAAAAUCUUUACUGGACUUGCGGUUUGCCUGCCUGGCCUAACUAUGAUCGCCCAAGUAUAUCUGGGUUACACAGAAGCUUGGUCUGUCGUCAUAUUCACCGUAGCUUUAACCCUCAACGGUGCUGUAACGGCUGGUUACCUAAGCAACGGUCUAGAUAUCGCUCCAAACUUCAGUGGAACUAUCUUCGGACUUGCUAAUACUCUGUCGUCAAUGGGUGGAUUUUUGUCAGCCUACAUGGUGGGGGCGUUGACAUACCAGAAUCAAACAUAUCAUCAAUGGCAGAUAGUGUUCUGGGUUCUGGCAGCUACUUAUAUCUUCGGAUCUUCAGUCUAUGUACUCUUCGGCUCCGGCGAGCUUCAACCCUGGAACAAUCCCCCAGAGAAGACCUUGCGAAACGGUGAUAUUGACACAGAAGAGGGUGUUCCUCUGAAGAACAAAUCGAUCACAACAUAAAAGAUGCCAUUGAACCGUAUUCCAAAAAUCUUAAAGGACAUUGACCAUUAUCUAUUCGUCAUGCUUUCUAGGCUGAUACCACGACUCAACUCAUUUUGCCAAAAUCGAGUACUUCCUCCGUCCCAGGAAUUAUUCGAUAAUAGUAUUUUACUGUAAAUAGGGAAAGAAUAUUUCUAAAUGGAUUUAUUUUUAAAUGAUGCAGUCGCAACAGUGCUUCCGCAUUAGCAUCACUUCAACAAGAAAAGUUUAAGAUUGACUCAAAGAAGGUUAAGAUUCAUUCAAAGAAGGAAGACAAGAUGGAAGGAACUGAUAAUAGUGAUAGAGGCUGUUUGAGAAUAGUCGGCAUCGGAUGGCAUUUUCAGUCUUCUAAUUUAAUAUUUAAAAUAAUUUAUAUUGUUUUGUGUAAUUUUGUCCCGAAUCGGGUUAAUAGCAGCGACUUUCUGACGUGUUUGUUUAAAGCGAUUUCAAAUGGAAAUUACAUGUUUUAUAUCGUUUCUGAGAAAAAAGUUAAGAGUAUCUGUAUCUAAAUUGCAUUUUCUUCAAGUUGGCAAAAGAUAGAUGAAAUUAUUUGUGGAGUAUUUACAUAUUCGGCCAAUUUUAUAUGGACAUCAAAUUAGAUAUGGUAACUUUAUAAUAGUUUGCCAACUUGGCCUGAAUAUACCAGACAUUGCGAUAGUAUUAUCUAAUCCGCAUCAAAAAAGAUUUAGCAAGGAUUAUGUAAAAGAUGAACCAAUAUAAAGACGCAAAGAAACUAUCACAGAAAGACAAAGGCAGUUUUGCUUAAAUUUAUUGUAUAUUUAAUUUAUUUCUGCGCAACGGAUGUAAAACUGCCCAAAUCAAGUCACAAAUCUAGUUUUCAACAAAUCUCAAAUCUUGGAAAAAUUUGAAAUCACCAUCUCAACCGUAGACUAUUAAACUGCGAAGCCAUCACAAAUUAUAACAUUUAAACAUCAACGAGAACCACCAAAUUUGAAUUGAUGAAAAAACCAUAGAAAAAUGUAUUUCCAAUUCGGAAACAAAUAUAUCUUAAGUUUUUAGUACGAUAAUGAACAAAAAAGAUAUGCAAAAGUAUUCUAAGUAUUUGAUUUAGGUUAGGAAAUAAAUUAUGAAAUUAACAAAUAUUUUUGAUAGUUAAAAAGUAUUUUCCAAUGAUUAAUGAUAUUAUGUAAUGCACAUUUGCAGUGAAUGGAAGCAAGAAAUUGACAAUGUUUUUAUAAGUUUUCAAAAAUUAUACAGUUGGAUGUAGACUGUAGCUAGAAAUGAAGCAAAUAAAGAAUUCUUUUGUAAAA